UAUACUUAUUAAUUAAAAUAUUUUAGAGUAAAUUUUGGUAAUAAAAUUAGAAAAGAAAGAGAGGAAGAAACCUAGACCACCCCCAAAAACCUAACUAGACAAACAGAAGCUCAUACAUAUCAUCAAACAAUGAAGCAGCAUCACCACUCCCAAAACGACGUCGCUGUCUCCUCCUCCGAUGCCUAUCCCGCCUCCGUGACGGUGCGUUCUUCAUCUCAUCCUUCAUCGGAGAAGCCGUACAUGGCGGUGGAGGAUCCAUUGCGUGACACUUCUUCCUCAGCCUCCGUCGCCACCACUCCCUCCACCGACUCCCUCCUUGUCGACCGCCGGGAUAAACACUCCGCUCUCUGCAAAUGGACAAUCGCCAAUUUCCCCAAAGUCAAAUCGCGGGCACUCUGGAGUAAGUACUUUGAAGUCGGGGGUUUCGAUUGCCGCUUGCUUAUAUACCCCAAGGGUGAUUCCCAAGCUCUUCCCGGAUACUUAUCCAUUUACCUUCAAAUCAUGGACCCUCGAAUCUUAGCUUCUUCCAAGUGGGAUUGUUUCGCAAGCUAUCGUCUCGCCAUUGAAAACAUCUCUGACUCCUCUAAAUCAGUGCACCGAGACAGCUGGCAUCGAUUUUCUUCCAAGAAAAAGUCUCACGGCUGGUGCGAUUUUGCCUCUCUUCAUUCUCUUUUAGACCCCAAGCUUGGGUUCUUGCAUUUGUCCAAUGACUGUAUUCUCAUCACCGCCGAUAUAUUGAUACUCAACGAGGCGGUUUCAUUCACGCGAGAUAAUGAAUUGCAGUCAAAUAAUGCAUCUGUUACGGGCGGGGGAGUGGGUAGCAGUCCUGUGGCUGGGGAUGGUUUGAAUGGGAAGUUCACUUGGAAAGUGCUUAAUUUUACUUUGUUUAAGGAGAUGAUCAAGACUCAGAAAAUAAUGAGCCCUGUGUUUCCAGCUGGAGAUUGUAACUUGCGCAUUAGUGUGUAUCAGAGCGUGGUGAAUGGUGUGGAGUAUUUGUCCAUGUGUUUGGAGAGCAAGGACACAGAGAAAAACUCGUUGAUGUCAGAUAGAAGUUGUUGGUGUUUGUUUAGAAUGUCAGUGUUGAACCAGAAACUGGGUAAUGGUUUGAAUCAUGUCCAUCGAGAUAGUUAUGGGCGUUUUGCUGCGGACAAUAAGAGUGGGGACAACACAAGUUUGGGGUGGAAUGACUAUAUGAAAAUGUCAGAUUUUAUGGGGCCAGAAGCUGGUUUCUUGGUGGAAGACACGGCAGUUUUUACCACAUCUUUUCAUGUUAUUAAGGAAUUGAGCAGUUUCUCGAAGAGUGGAACUUUGAUUGGUGCGAGGAAUGGAGGAAAUGUGCGGAAGUCGGACGGGCAUAUGGGAAAGUUUACGUGGAGAAUUGAGAACUUUACCCGGUUGAAGGAUCUUCUGAAAAAGAGGAAAAUUACUGGACUUUGCAUUAAAAGUAGGAGGUUUCAAAUUGGUAAUCGGGAUUGUCGCCUUAUUGUUUACCCCAGAGGGCAGUCUCAGCCUCCAUGCCACCUCUCAGUGUUUCUUGAGGUUACUGAUUCACGAAAUACUAACAGCGACUGGAGUUGUUUUGUGAGCCAUCGUUUGUCAGUUGUGAACCAAAAAAUGGAGGAGAAGUCUGUGACAAAAGAAUCUCAAAAUCGAUACUCAAAGGCUGCAAAAGACUGGGGUUGGCGCGAGUUUGUGACACUCACUAGUCUCUUUGAUCAGGAUUCUGGAUUUCUAGUCCAGGAUACUGUUAUCUUCUCUGCUGAGGUUCUUAUACUGAAAGAAACAUCCAUAAUGCAGGAGUUGACUGAUCAAGAAACUGACUCAGGAAGUACCAGUUCUCAGUUAGAGGGAAAUGGGAAGAGGAGUUCAUUCACGUGGAAAGUUGAGAAUUUCUUUUCCUUCAAGGAAAUAAUGGAAACUAGAAAAAUAUUUAGCAAAUUCUUUCAAGCUGGCGGAUGUGAGCUUCGGAUUGGAGUUUACGAGUCCUUUGACACCAUAUGUAUAUAUUUGGAGAGUGAUCAAUCAGCUAGCACUGAUGCUGAGAAGAACUUUUGGGUACGAUACAGGAUGGCUAUUGUGAAUCAAAAAAACACAUCGAAAACGGUUUGGAAAGAGUCUUCCAUUUGUACAAAGACAUGGAACAAUUCUGUUCUUCAAUUUAUGAAGGUAUCUGACAUGUUAGAAGCUGAUGCUGGGUUUCUGCUCCGCGACACAGUUGUGUUUGUUUGUGAGAUCUUGGACUGCUGCCCGUGGUUUGAGUUUUCCGACCUGGAGGUUUUAGCUUCUGAAGAUGAUCAAGAUGCCCUGACAACUGACCCUGAUGAACUCGUUGAUUCUGAUGACAGUGAUGGUCUAAGUGGAGAUGAAGAAGACAUCUUCAGAAAUCUUCUAUCAAGGGCCGGCUUUCACCUAACAUAUGGAGAUAAUUCUUCUCAACCUCAGGUCACUUUAAGAGAGAAACUGCUGAUGGACGCUGGAGCAAUAGCUGGUUUCCUUACCGGACUCCGAGUUUAUCUUGAUGACCCUGCAAAAGUGAAACGCUUGCUGCUUCCUACAAAGAUAUCUGGUAGCAAUGACGGAAAGAUAUCUAAUAAAAAUGGCGAGUCUUCUCCCAGUUUGAUGAAUUUGUUGAUGGGAGUCAAAGUUUUGCAACAAGCAAUCAUUGAUUUACUUUUAGAUAUAAUGGUUGAGUGUUGCCAACCUUCAGAAGGGAGUUCAAGUGAUGAUUCCUCCGAUAUUAGCUCCAAACCUUCCCAAGAUGGCAGUGGAGCAAUUAGCCCACUGGAAUUUGAUGGAGACGCUGCAGUGACAGAAUCCACACAGCUAUCCAUGGGGGAGAGAUUAGAACUGGGGAUUGGUGAAAGUACAUCUUCAUCUGCUGUGCAAAGCUCUGAUCUGAAUGGUACUAGCAUACAUGUCAAAACUGUUCCUGGACAGCCUACUUGUCCCCCGGUGACAUCUGCCGCUGGUUUUUCCGAAAACCCAUCUCUUCGAUCCAAGACAAGGUGGCCAGAGCAGUCGGAGGAGCUUCUUGGGUUGAUUGUGAACUCGUUGAGAGCUCUUGAUGGAGCUGUCCCUCAAGGCUGCCCGGAACCAAGAAGGCGGCCGCAGUCUGCUCAAAAGAUUGCUCUUGUGUUGGAUAAAGCUCCUAAGCAUCUUCAACCAGACCUAGUGGCAUUGGUUCCGAAAUUAGUUGAGCAUUCAGAACAUUCUCUUGCUGCUUGUGCACUUUUAGAUCGGCUGCAGAAGCCUGAUGCUGAACCUUCAUUACGUUUGCCAGUUUUUGGGGCACUUAGUCAGUUGGAAUGUAGUACUGAAGUAUGGGAACGUGUCCUUUUCCAAACGCUGGAGCUCUUGGCUGAUUCUAAUGACGAACCUCUUGCAGCCACAGUGGACUUUAUAUUUAAAGCGGCAUUACAUUGUCAGCAUCUUCCUGAAGCAGUAAGGUCUGUACGAGUAAGACUAAGGAAUUUGGGUACAGAAGUCUCUCCGUAUGUCUUAGAUUACUUAAGUCGGACUGUAACUAGUUGUGCAGAUAUUGCUGAAUCUAUUUUUCGAGAUAUCGACUGCGAUGAUGAUUUUGGUGAUAAUUUCUCACCAACCCCUCGCGGGGUUUUUGUAUUUGGUGAAAGUGGUCCUAAUUCUGAAAGACUACAUGCUGGGGAAGAUCAAACUUUCCAUGGUAGUUCUCAUUUUUCGGAUAUUUACAUUUUAAUUGAGAUGUUGUCUAUACCUUGUUUUGCGGUUGAAGCCGCACAAAUUUUUGAGAGAGCUGUAGCUCGUGGGGCCUUUGAUCCUCAGUCUGUAGCUGUGGUGUUGGAAAGACGCCUUGCGGGACGAUUGAAUUUUACUUCACAAUAUGUUGCUGAGAAUAUUGAGCAGCCUGAUGCAGUCAUAGAAGGGGAAACCAUAGAGAACAUGAGUUCACAAAGAGAUGAUUUCACUUCGGUUCUUGGUCUUGCCGAGACGUUGGCACUUUCGAGGGACUUGCGAGUGAAAGGAUUUGUGAAGAUCCUUUAUACUAUAUUGUUCAAACAGUAUCCCGAUGAGUCUCACAGAUUAAGGAUGCUGAAGAGGCUUGUUGAUCGUGCUACAACUACUGCAGAUGGUAGUCGUGAGAUAGAUUCAGAUAUGGAGGUUUUGGUGAUGUUAGUGUGUGAGGAGAAGGAAAUAGUGAGACCCGUCUUGAGCAUGAUGCGGGAGGUUGCUGAACUUGCAAAUGUUGAUCGAGCAGCCCUUUGGCAUCAGUUAUGCGCCAGUGAAGAUGAAGUUCUUCGAAUUCGUGAAGAAAGAAACACUGAAAUUGCUAGUAUGUCUAAAGAAAAAGCAGCAUUAUCUCAAAGGUUAUGUGAAUCUGAGGCUACUAAUAGCCGUCUCAAGACUGAUAUGAAGGCUGAAAUGGAUCGCUUUACUCGGGAAAGAAAAGAGUUGAUGGAGCAGAUGCAAGAAAUUGAGAGUCAACUUGAGUGGGUUCGCUCAGAAAGGGAUGAAGAAACCACAAAGUUUAUGGCCGAGAAGAAAAAUUUUCAAGAUCGCCUUUAUGAUGCAGAAUUACAACUCUCCCAAUUGAAAUCUCGAAAACAUGACGAAUUGAAGAGGCUAACGAAGGAGAAAAAUGCUCUUGCUGAGAGAUUAAAGAGUGCUGAAGUAGCACGGAAAAGGUAUGAUGAAGAAUUGAAAAAAAUUGCCACCGAAAAUGUAACUCGAGAAGAGAUACGAAAAUCCUUGGAGGAUGAAAUUCGUCGGCUGUCACAAACAGUUGGGCAAAAAGAAGGAGAGAAGCGUGAGAAGGAGGAACAAGUAGCUCGAUGCGAGGCAUAUAUUGAUGGAAUGCAAUCCAAAUUGCAGACGUUCGAGCAAUACAUACAUCACCUAGAGUCUCAAAUUCAAGAAGAAAUGUCAAGGCAUGCUCCUCUAUAUGGUGCUGGGUUGGAAGCUUUAUCAAUGAAGGAGCUGGAGACUAUAUCACGUAUCCACGAAGAAGGGCUGAGGCAGAUACACGCAAUCCAACAGUGUAAAGUAAGUCCAGCUGGCAGCCCUCUUGUAAGUUCACAUCCACUUUCUCAAAAUCAUGGGAUCUAUCCUUCGACUCCACCUCCAAUGGCCGUUGGAUUGCCUCCACUUGUCAUUCCAAAUGGUGUUGGGAUUCAUAGCAAUGGCCAUGUCAAUGGUGCCAUUGGCCCCUGGUUCAACCACUAGGUUACCCACCCACCCACCCACCCACCCAACAAUGGUGGUUACUAAAGGAAAAGUUUUACGACAAUACCAAGUAAUGGUGGUGUCACUUUGUAUUUUUCGUUCUUGGCAUUUUUUAACUGUUGGAAUAGAGGUAUAGAGAGAGGAGAAAGUUCAUGCAGAUGUUCUUCAUCCAUUUUCUAUUGGGCAUGCUUAUCCAAUAUAUCAUUAACAGUUAUAAAUGCCACAUUUGAGUUUUGUUCUUUGUGGGGUUCAAUCUAUUAAAGGCAAUUUAGAAAGUUUACUUUAUUUGUC